AUGUCAACGGCUUGGCAUGUUUGUGCCAUGCUGGCAAACCGAUCUUUCCAGCGAUGCAGCAGUCCGAGGCGCAUUGGCACAGUUGCUUGCUUUCUGAACAAAAGGCUCGAACAAGGAAGGAACUAUUCUGGCAACUGGCUUGCGAGCGACACACCUCUCCUUCCCCUUAUUUCUUCCUCUGCUUCCCCUCGUUCCCCCCUCUCCUUCCCCUUAUUUCCAACUCUACUCCCCCCUCGUUCCCCCCUCUCCUUCCCCUUGUUUCCCCCUCUGCUCCCCCUCGUUCCCCCUCUCCUUCCCCUUGUUUCCCCCUCUGCUUCCCCUCGUUCCCCCCUCUCCUUCCCCUUGUUUCCCCCUCUGCUCCCCCUCGUUCCCCCCUCUCCUUCCCCUUGUUUCCCCCUCUGCUCCCCCUCGUUCCCCCCUUUCCUUCCCCUUAUUUCCCCCUCUGCUCCCCCUCGUUCCGCCCUCUCCUUCCCUUAUUUCCCCCUCUGCUCCCCCUCGUUCCCACCUCUCCUUCCCCUUGUUUCCCCCUCUGCUUCCCCUCGUUUCCCCCUCUCCUUCCCCUUCUUUCCCCCUCUGCUCCCCUCGUUCCCCCCUCUCCUUCCCCUUGUUUCCCCCUCUGCUCCCCCUCGUUCCCCCCUUUCCUUCCCCUUAUUUCCCCCUCUGCUCCCCCUCGUUCCGCCCUCUCCUUCCCUUAUUUCCCCCUCUGCUCCCCCUCGUUCCCACCUCUCCUUCCCCUUGUUUCCCCCUCUGCUUCCCCUCGUUUCCCCCUCUCCUUCCCCUUCUUUCCCCCUCUGCUCCCCCUCGUUCCCCCCUCUCCUUCCCCUUGUUUCCCCCUCUGCUCCCCCUCGUUCCCCCUCUCCUUCCCCUUGUUUCCCCCUCUGCUCCCCCUCGUUCCCCCCUCUCCUUCCCCUUGUUUCCCCCUCUGCUUCCCCUCGUUUCCCCCUCUCCUUCCCCUUCUUUCCCCCUCUGCUCCCCCUCGUUCCCCCCUCUCCUUCCCCUUAUUUCCCCCUCUGCUCCCCCUCGUUACCCCCUCUGCUUCCCCUUAUUUCCCCCUCUUCUUCCCCUCCUUUCCCCUUAUGCUUCACCUCCUUCCCCCCCUGCAUGCCCUCCUUUCUCCACCUGCUUCCCCUCCUUGCCCCCCAUGCUUCUCUUCGCUUCCCCCCACAUCCCCUGUUUUCCCCUGCUUUCCCCCCCUUGCUUGCUCUCCUUCACCCCCAUGCUUCACCUCCUUACCGCCCCUCCUUCACCUCCUUUCCCUCCCUGCUUCCCCCCUUUUCCCCCACGGCUUCCCUUCCUUUCCCCCCCUGCCUCCUCUCCUUUCCCCCCAUGCUUAUCCUCCCUUCCCCACCUGCUUCCCCUAUUUCUCACCCUCCUUUCGCUCAUUUUCCCCCUCUGCUUGCCGCAAUGCCUCUCCACCCCCUUACAAUCCAAUCAGCUCCUUCGAGUUUGCUUAUUCUCUGUCCUCCCUUUUUACCCUGCUUAUGCUCCCUCCUCCCUUUGCUUACCCUCUCUCUUCCCCUCUACCCUCACCACCAGUACCGUGUUUACCGCCUUCCCUUUCCAUACUGA